AUUUUAAGCUCUGCGAUUUCAAUAAAGUGUGACGAAAUAAACUGAUUUGGAUGUUUUGAUCCUUGAAUUUACUGAUCAAUUCAGCUGUUCUUUUUUGAAAUUCCCUUCAGAAUAAUUCAAUUGAACAAAUUCUUUGUAAUGAGUUAUCCUACAAAGCCGAAUAAUGGGACACCCCCUGGUCGGGAUAUUCGAUGGGCUGAUACUGAUGAUGAGCCUCCAACAUCACCAGACCCGCGACCAUUCAAGAGGCCGGACGAACCAUCUCAGGGGCCUCCCGAUCCUGAGCCCAUCCUAGGUCCACGGGUUAAGCCAUCCAGAUACAUUACAACCACCGAGGAUGACAAAAAUUCGGGCUUCGAGCAGAUAGCCGUCUGCCUGUCAUUGUUGCUUGUGGUCAUCACAUUUCCCCUGUCGAUCUUCUUGUGCCUGAUUGUGGUAAGGGAGAACCAUCGGGUGCUGAUCUUCCGACUGGGUCGCGUCAGGAAGGGCGUCAGGGGCCCUGGCCUCGUGUGGACUCUGCCGUGCAUCGACUCCUAUGUCAAGGUAGAUCUGCGCACCUUUUCGACCGAGGUGCCCUCUCAGGACAUCCUCACCAGGGACUCGGUGACGAUUUCCGUGGGCGCAGUGCUGUACUUCUGCAUCAAAGAUCCCAUGGAUGCCCUCAUUCAGGUGGAUGAUGCCCGGGAGGCUACCGUGUUGAUAGCCCAGACCACACUGAGGCACAUAGUCGGUGCCAAGCCGCUCCAUACCCUUCUCACCUCGAGAGACACCCUUUCCAAGGAGAUCCAGGUUGCCGCCGAUGAUAUCACGGAACGAUGGGGAGUGCGAGUGGAGAGAGUGGACGUGAUGGACAUCAGUCUACCACUUUCUAUGCAGCGAUCAUUGGCCAGUGAGGCAGAAGCAAUUAGGGAGGCGCGGGCCAAGAUCAUUUCAGCCGAGGGCGAGCGCAAUGCCUCGCAGGCUCUGAAGGAGGCAUCCGAUGUGAUGUCCCAGAACAAGAUCACCCUGCAGCUAAGACAUCUACAAAUUCUUACCGGAAUUGCAGCAGAACAUAGAUGCACGAUUAUUUUUCCAUUCCCCAUGGAUGUGAUGACAGCGUUUGGCACCGUGGAAGGAUCCUCUAGCAGCAAUCAAAAGCCGGGUGGAACAGAUGCCGGUGGGGCGAACCAGAGCUCAGAUUUUGAUCAAUUUGGAGACUUCACCCCGAAGGUGAUAAUCACAGAACCAGCAAAUCUCCCCGAAGACCUACGUUUCGGGGAGAGUGAAGAGGAACCAGAAACGAGUAACACACAGAAGCGGGAAGCAACGGAACGGAAAGCUGAAAUUCCAGAAUCUAUGCAGGAACGAAAAGGUGAGGAUGCAGAAUCGCUACAUGAACAAACAGGAGUGGAGAAUGAUAUGAGCAGUGAGGGAGAUAGUAACAACGAAAGGAAAGUAGAAACAGCGGCGGUAGCUGAAAAUGAUAAUAGAUAUGACAACCCAAUACAAGAAUCGAGAGUGAAACUGAUCCUCCAACCAGGCCCGCAGGUGAUCAGCACCGGCAGCGUCAAGCUGGAAAUGAAUUCAGUUACUAUUCGAUAAUUCCCGAGAAAGAAGAUGAACCAGAUACAAAUAUUAAAGU